AAAAAAAAAAAAUAAUAACAAUAGGCUUUCAGUUCAAAAAUCGCGGGAAUCAACCCAGCCCAAUGUGCAACCUUAUUAGUUGUAUUAAACUUCAUUCAUAGAACAUACGGUAUCUGAUAUUUUGUUCGAUCCCCUCUUUGUCGAAAUUAAAUCCCUAACCCUAGCUGCGACUGCGAAUCAUCUCUGCUUCCUCUAACCAAGCAACACAGAAACCCGAUGUUGAUGAUGGCCAAAGAAUUGCCUGAAGACUUGGUGAUACAGAUUCUCGUAUGGCUUCCGGUCGUCUCUCUCUUGCGAUUCAAGUCCGUCUGCAAAUCCUGGGUUACAACUCAAGGCAGGGGUCCAUGGAUGUUCUCUGGUAUCUAUGGAUCCAUUAAUGGAAUGGAUAGAAGGAGACUGUGGAGGGAAUUGGAUACUGUUCAUGCUAGUGUGGGUACUUGUCCUUGGCUUGUAGCUGGUGACUUUAAUGUCAUCAGGUUCCAUGAUGAGAAGUGGGGUAAAGCUGGAUUUUCUUGUUAUGAAAUGGACUUUAUUGGUUGCAUUAACAGAUUGGAGAUUGAUGACUUGGCUUUUACUGGUAUGUUACAUACAUGGUCUAAUAAGCAAGUAGGGGAAGAUUUUGUUUCUAAAAGCUGGAUAGAGUCAUGUCUAAUUUAGAUUGGCUGUCCAGUUUUGUUAAUACUUCAGUAGACUUCCUUGAAGGAGGAGUUUCUGGUCAUUCCCCAGCUCUUAUUUCGGUGGAGGAAUAUGUUAGUUUCGGGCCCUAGCCUUUCAAAUUUUUUAAUUUUUGGGCAGACCACCCGCAGUUUUUAGAUUGGUUUAAGGAGAGCUGGUCUGCUGAGAUUUCUGGUUUUUCUAUGUUCCAGCUUUAUUCCAAGUUGAAGGCUACUAAAGGGGUUUUGAAAGUAAAGAAUAAGGUUUUUUUUGGUGGUUUGAGUCACAGAGUUGAUAAGGCUCGUCUAGCCCUUGCUACUGCCCAGGCUCAGUUCUUGGCUUCACAUGGAUCGGUUAGUUGUCAUCUCAAGGAGAUGGAGUGUCUUCAUGAAUUUGUUUCUAUCUCUAAUGCAGAAGAGAAGUUUUUGAAACAAAAAUCAAGGAGUUUUUUGUUGAACUUGGGAGAUGGGAAUAAUGGCUAUUUUCACAGGGCUGUUAAGGUUCGGAACUCUCUAAACUUGUGAAAUCUCUAAAGGGGAAUGAUGGGAGGUUGAUUGAAGAUAAGUUGGAAAUUAAGGAGGCUGUAAUUCAGUUCUACCAAAAACUUUUUGGGGAGUCUUUUCAUUCUUUCUCUUCUCAUAAUGCGGGUAGAAUUUCUGAGCUCAUUCAUAGGAAAUUCUCUCCUGUUGCACCUUGGGGAUGACUGCUCCUAUCUCUAGGGAUGAGGUGAGAAAGACUUUUUUCUAUGAACAGGAAUAAAGCCCCGGGUCCAGAUGGGUUCUCGGCUGGGUUCUCUCAUGAAGCGUGGGAGGUGGUUGGGGAGGAUGUGAUUAUUGCAGUCCAGGAAUUUUUCUUAACUGGGAGGAUGCUUAAAGAAAUGAAUGCUACUAUUAUUACCCUUGUUCCCCAAAAAAAGAAUCCUUCUUCCAUGUGUGAAUAUAGACCCAUCUCAUGUUGUAAUGUGGUUUAUAAAUGUAUAACAAAGAUCUUAGCAAACUGCUUGAGAGCUGGGUUGGAGGAUAUUAUUAGUCUCAAUCAAGGAGCGUUCAUUCCUCAUAGGAGCAUUGCAGAAAAUAUUUUGCUUGCUCAAGAUAUUGUUAGUGACUACCAUAAGUCUAGUGGGCGGCCUAGAUGUGCUUUGAAGGUUGAUUUAACGAAGGCUUAUGAUUCAGUGAACUGGCCUUUUGUUCUCCACUGUUUGAAGUGUUUUGGGGCUCCGGGGAGGUAUGUUGGUUGGAUUAGGGAAUGUUUCACCAAUCCCAGGUUUACUAUUGCUUUAAAUGGCUCCUUGGUGGGUUAUUUUCUAGGAAAAAAAGGGCUGAGGUAGGGAGAUCCAUUAUCUCCUUACCUCUUUGUCAUUGCUAUGGAGGUUCUUUCCUUGCUUCUUCAAGAGGCUGCUGCUACAGAUCCUAGAUUUGGGUUUCAUCCUUGGUGUAAGUCUAUUGGCCUCACCGACUUAUGUUUUGCUGAUGACCUCUUUAUAGUUUCUGCUGCCACUACAGAAUCUAUUCAAGUUAUUCAAGGAGUUUUGAGUGAAUUUGAGGAGUUGUCUGGUCUAAAAUAACAACUUUGUUAUGCUAAACUUUAUCUGAAAAAAAAUUCUGCUAAGCUCAUCUAUGUAGAGGAUUUCAGCCUCUUUCAG